UAUACCCACCUGAUAGCUUGUAUAAUAUCGCAUUUGGCAGCAUGGCGAAUCUAACGAGCUUUGCUGGCCUAUUGACUCGCCGUGGCGAAAAACCAGCCGAACUCGUGAAAAUGAUGCUGAAGCGGAAAAUGGAAACUCUGACGGAAGCAGCCGACGCCAGGCCAUACUCGGAGAUGCCUGGACCUACACCAAUACCGAUUCUCGGCAAUACUUGGCGAUUCAUACCUUUCAUAGGUGAUUACAAGAUCAGCGAGGUGGACAAGGUGUCGCGUCGCCUGCACGAGGAGUACGGGGACGUGGUGCGGCUGGGGGGUCUGCUGAAUCGGCCGGACAUGGUGUUCCUGUACGACGCCGACGAGAUCGAGCGGAUCUUCCGCCAGGAGGAGCGAAUGCCCCACCGUCCGCACAUGCCCUCGCUGCACCGCUACAAGCAUCAGCUGCGUCGCGACGUCUUUGGCGACGACAAGGCCGGCCUCAUCGCCGUCCACGGCGAGGCCUGGUACAACUUCAGGAGCCAAGUCCAGCAGGUGAUGCUGCAGCCGCGCACCGCCCGCAUGUACAUCGGCAGCAUCGAGCAGGCCAGUCGGGACUUUGUUCGCAGGAUAGAGAACAUCAAGGACGAGAAAAGCGAAGUGCCGGACAACUUUUUAAGCGAGAUCCACAAGUGGUCGCUCGAGUCGAUUGGCCGAGUAGCAUUGGACGUGAGGCUAGGCUGUCUUGACGAGGGCAAAGAUCCUCCAGCCGAGACGCAAGCCCUGAUCGAAGCCGUGCUGACGUUCUUCAAGCACGUCGGGCCCCUCGAGCUGAAAAUCCCCUUCUGGAAGUUGUGGCCGACGCCGGCCUGGAAACGAUACAUCGGCGCCCUCGACGUCAUCCUGGCGACGACGAGCAAGUACACGCGCGAGGCCCUCGAGCGAGCCCAGCGAUGCCCCAAGCCCGAGGGCAGCGACGACCUAUCCUUGCUCGAGCGGGUCCUCAGACAGGAGGGCGACGCUCAUCUCGCCACCGUCUUGGCCUUUGACCUCUUCCUCGUGGGCAUCGACACGACGUCGAACUCGGUCGGAUCGGUCCUCUACCAACUGGCCCUGCACCCCGAGAAGCAGCAGCUGCUCCACGAGGAGCUCAACCGGGUCCUGCCCGAAGGGGGCGGACCACUGGAGCCGCGACACCUCGACCAGCUCAAGUACCUCAAGGCCUGUGUUCGCGAGACUCAAAGGAUGUACCCGGUGGUCAUCGGCAACGGCAGAUGCACUCAGAAGGACACCGUCAUCUGCGGCUACCAAGUCCCCAAGGGCGUACACGUCGUCUUCCAACAUUGGGUCAUCAGCAACAGCGAGAGAUACUUUCCCAAAGCCUCGAGCUUCAUACCCGAGCGAUGGAUCGGCCAGGGCAGCACCGAAGCGCCACCCGCGAGACAUGCCUUCGCCUCGUUGCCCUUCGGCUAUGGACGGCGCAUGUGCAUCGGGCGCAGAUUUGCAGAGCUCGAAAUACUCAUUCUUCUCAGCAAGAUUUUCAAGAAAUACAAAGUCGAAUAUCAUUAUGAAAAAUUAGAUUACUAUAUCGACCCAAUGUACACACCCAAAGGGCCAUUGAAAUUGAAAUUUAUAGAGAGGUGAAUAUUUUAGAUAUUAAAGUCUUUUAACUUUAAAUGUAUUCGAUAGAAAAAAUGUUAUCAUAUGCAUACACAUAUAAUUUUAUAUUACAUUAUUGAAUAGAUUUUAUGUACUGCUUAGAAAAUGGUUCUAUUAAGAGCUGAAAUUACUUUUUUUUAUUU